AUGAGCGGAUCGGAGGGAUACGCGUUUGGGGAGGGCCGACCGAAGGUUCUACGGACGCCACCACCGGGGCAAUAUGCUAGCGGCGGUGGAAACAAAGGGGACGAAUACAGGAGCGACGAGGUGGUGCCUGAAACACCUCUAGCAGGACCUGUCAGGAGACCCAGUAGUAGGAAGAGGAAUGACAGUUCCUCGACCGACGAGGAGACUGUCCAGCUUGUGAGGCCCAAAAAACAGAGGCGAAGGGCGGACGAAGAGGAGGAGACGGUUCUGGUGUCCCCCAGGUCGGCCGCUACCGACUUGGGUGACAUCAGAAAGAUGCAGACUGAGGAGUCGAUGAUGGAAGGCGACGUAAGGCUGGCCAUCGACGAGGCGAUGGGAUUUAUUCGUGGUUCGACGAAUACCAACAAGCGGCUGAAGGAGAUGACGUGGAGGAUCAGCGAGAAGUUCGCGGCCCUAGAAAACCAUAGGACCAUGAUCGAGCGCAGGUGGAGUUCUUACGUGAGGGCCUUGAAGGUGGCGGCAGUGAAAGGACAAACGGCGGUGGUCAGGGUGCCCCAGGUUGGACCAGUUGUGGUGGCGCCGAGAGCGACGAAGGAGAGCCAGGUACAGACGGCGAGGGAGAUGGAGAAAAUUGAGGUGACAACCCAGACGAGUCCUCACAAAACGUACGCGGAAGCGAUAGGCCAGGAAGGACCGAAGGCCGGGUCGAGUGGAGAAGCCGCCCUAAGGAUUGCUGAGAUUAACAGGCAGAGGGCGAAGAAUCUCAAGUUCGUAGACCGCGAGACGACAGACGCCGCUGGUACGGAAACGGAGGGGGAGUGGCAGCGGGUAAGGAAAAGAAGACAGAAGAGCAAAGUUGACCCAUCGAGCGGCAGCGAGGGAACUACGACAGCGGCAAAUGUCAGAAGGAGACCGAGACCGGAGGCGGUGCUGAUCAAGCUGAAGGGGGAGAACGGCAUGGAGGAAGUGCUGAGACGGGUCAGGAAGGUAGACAUGACGGGGGUCAGUACCAGGAUAGAAGGCAUAACAAAGACACGGACGGGUGAUAUACUCCUGCGGGUGGAGAGAGGGGCGGGAAAGGCAGCGCCGGUGCUGAAUACGAUUAAGGCCGCCAUUACGGACCGGGAAGUGAUGCUCCUUGAGGAGAACUGUAAGCUGGCCGUGCGGGAUCUGGACGCCGUGACUACAAAGGAGGAAGUGCUCGAGGCCAUACUGAGAGUGGAGCCGAAGGCUAGGUGUCGGAUGAAGACGAUGGUGGAAACCGAGAGAGGGCAGAUGGUGGCGUAUGUUUUCGUCGACCGGAAAACGGCGGAUGCGAUCACUAGAGCAGGUUUCCUCAGGGUUGGCCUGACGUCGUGCAGGGUGAGAGUGCUGGCGGAGCAGGCGCGAUGCAUAAGAUGUUGGGAAGUAGGGCACAUAGCGGCAAAGUGUACGGGCGUGGAUAGGAGCCGCAUGUGUUUUAAGUGCGGGAAGGCGGGGCACCAGGUCAGGGAGUGCGCGGGUGAAAACGAAUGUUUUGUGUGUGAGGGAGUUCAGCCGGGUACUGGCAAGGGACAUAGGGCGUACACGACGGGGUGCCCGCACGACAAGAGACGGGUGGGGGUGGCGCCAAACCCCGUAGUGAAGGAGGUGACGCUUAUCAAUCUUAAUAAUAGUAGAGUGGCCUUGGACAUGGCGGGGAUAGUAGCAAGAGAAGUGGGGGCGGAGGUACUUGUGUUCUCGGAGGUAGGACCGGACACUAGGGGGAUGCGUGUGUUCAGGGACGUGACAGGUGCGGCAGGGAUAAUGGUGACAGGUGGAGUGAUUGUGGACAAAGUUGGACAGGGUGUGGGAUAUGUGUGGGCGUUAGUCGGGGGUAUUUAUGUUUACAGCAUGUACCUACCUCCUAACGAUGCAAUAGCGCAGUUAGAGGGACGGCUGGACGAUCUUGGGGAGAUCAUUAGGAUUAAUGGACGUGGCAGGGCUAUAGUGGCAGGGGACGUCAAUGCUGCAUCCCCCAUGUGGGGAGCACCACGUACGAAUGUCAGGGGAGAGAUUGUCGAGGAAUGGGCCUGGUCGUUAGGUUUGGUGUGCGUGAAUAAGGGAAACGUGCCCACAUUCCAGGGAAGAGGCAAAGGGACAAUUAUUGAUAUCACGCUGAUAUCGGACGAGAUGAGUCACUUAGUGACGGAGUGGCUAGUGUUAGAUGUGGACUCAAUGAGCGAUCACAACUACAUAGUGUGGGGGGUUAGAAGUGAUACAGGGACAGUAGUCGAGCAGGUGCAACGGGCCGAUAUCGAAAAGUACAAAGGACUGCAACUCAUCGAACUGGCAGUACCCUAA